CAUAGUAGGAUUCGCAAAUCUCCCGGGGAAGACAUAUCAACACAGCCGGUGCGUUUUAUCCAUCCGUGUCUUUCGCCACUUGAGCAAAAAUGUCUGCAAGAAAAUUCUUCGUCGGUGGAAACUGGAAGAUGAACGGCGAUAAAGAAAGUCUGGGCGAGCUGAUCAUGACCUUGAACACCGCCAGUUUGCACGAUGAAACCGAGGUGGUGUGCGGAGCUCCAUCCAUCUAUCUUGACUAUGCGAGAUCUAAGCUGGACCAAAGGAUCGGUGUGGCCGCCCAGAACUGCUAUAAAGUUCCCAAAGGAGCCUUCACUGGGGAGAUCAGUCCAGCAAUGAUUAAAGACUGCGGCGUCGACUGGGUGAUUCUGGGGCAUUCUGAAAGACGGCACGUUUUUGGCGAAAGCGAUGAGCUGAUUGGUCAGAAGGUGGCCCACUGCUUGGAGAGUGAUCUGAGCGUGAUCGCCUGCUUUGGGGAGAAGCUGGAGGAGAGAGAGGCUGGGACCACAGAAGAUGUGGUGUUUGCUCAGACCAAAGUCAUUGCAGACAAUGUGAAGGACUGGUCUGGUGUAGUUCUAGCGUAUGAGCCAGUUUGGGCCAUUGGCACUGGGAGAACUGCCUCCCCUGCUCAGGCUCAGGAGGUGCAUGAAAAGCUGAGGGGGUGGCUGAGAGCAAAUGUGUCAGACGCAGUCGCCGACUCCGUGUGCAUCAUCUAUGGAGGGUCUGUUACCGCAGCCAACUGCAAAGAGCUUGCGGCCCAGGCUGAUGUGGAUGGCUUCCUGGUGGGAGGAGCUUCUCUUAAGCCUGAGUUUGUUGACAUAAUAAAUGCACGCUCCUAGAGAUGCUCGACUAUUCGACGUUCCAACACCGUAACAAGUGCUGUCACAUUGCACAAUCAGUAUUAACCAGAUUCUUGUCAUUCUUGCAGGUCUGUAACACUAGUUAUUGCACCACAGAGGCAUUUAUAUCUGCUGCUCAAACAUGACGGUUUUGAAUUUAAUAUAUCUAAUGUUCGACGUUAAUAUUUGUUGCUGCACCUGAACAAACUUGUCUUAUGCACUUGGACGUUUCACUAACAUGAUUUUGCUAUAGUUAAUAAUGUACAAGACCAGCGUUGUGUGUUAAACAUGGUUAGGAUUGAUAUUAAGACUUUGAGCCUCUGUAGAAACUACUACCUCUGUAAGAAAAUCUCAUCUUUUUUUCUGUCCACUCAUUGUGUACUGUCCAGCUUUAAUAUGUGUAGUUCUAGGAGCUUGUCUAGAAUGAAUGUGUGGAUACAAUAAAGUCUAGAUGGAUGAAUGAUGAAGUUAA